UACUCUAUACACACAGAUCAUGAAAACCAGCCUGUACUUUUCCCUUUUCCUAGUUUAUUUCGCCAGAUUACCGGGAACUUAUUCCAGGGUGGCAUGUCCCUUAGAAUGGGUCCCUUCUCAGAACGGAGAGUCCCCCGAAGGAGGCGUAAUUGCCUUCUCUAGCGAUGAAAUCGUCGCCAGGUUGAACAUUUCGGGCCUUCUUGUACCCGCCCGACUCUCCCCAGAGGAUGGCAUGGCUUACGGAACUCUUCCAUUGGACGAAACGGUACACACAUCAAACGUUUAUGACGUCCUGACCAACCCUUCGUCGUCCUGUCUUGUGACCUGGGUCGACAAUAACGACGAAUUAGCAACAAAUGGCCAGCAGGUCCAAGUUACAGACAGUUUAAUGAUCGGACGGACACAUAUGGUCGACAAGGAUGGUAACUUUAACACCGUAGGGGGCACGGUGUCAGAAGGUCAACUUUUCGUCGCAUUUCAAUCUAAGCAAGAAAUCAGUUUGGACUUUCAGAUCUUGACAUCUGUGUACCCCUUUUUGUCCGGAUAUCUCUAUAAUUUUACCCUCCACACGGGUCAUUUGACACCUAACCAUGUCGAAGUCAUCGAUCAGGAAACAAUUUUCCACUCUGGAUUCGAAACCAGCCAGGAAAUCAAUCAUUUCGGAACGAUCCAGGAAAUCUAUCAAAUCUCAGAGUCACCCUUUGGGUGGAAUGGGAUUAACAAAUUGACCACAAUCUUUACACCUGGAAAAACUCCUGAUACCUUCCUUAUCGAAAACGGCAACAAUUUCAACCUCGAAUAUACCCAAACUCGCGAAAUUUCUUUCAAAAAGAUCAUCGAACUUGGGCCCACUAAUCAAAAUGGUGUCCUAAUCUGCUCCGGGGUCAACAUGUUUCAAGGUGAGGUGGAGUACGAGGCACUUGGCCGAUUCGAAGGGGAAAACCUUAGUGGUGAUGAAGUCGCAAAAAUUCUACAAGCUUCCGGCCGAGCCGUACUAAAUGUGAAUGGAAAGGAUGCCGUCGUAAAGAUAAGUGGGGUUAUCAACGGGAAAUUUUAUUCGGGUAAGGUGUCCGCCAUAUCCCAGUAUGAAGUGGGACAGACUUGUGAACAAAUUUUAAAAAAUAUCUAAAUUUUGAAUAAAACUCCAAUUUUAUUUUUUGCAUA